GUCUGUUAUCAACAGCAUCCGGUUGGCCAUCGCCGUGAGGUAAACAAACGGCCGCUGCUUCCUGUAACGUCCACAGAUAGGCUCCUAACUCCCAAGUUAGAUGUAUUUUGAGCACACGACAUUUUAUUUUCAGCGCGUACCUUUUGGACUCGUCGUCAUUUUUUACCAAAACUCCUGAAUUCCGCAACGCCGCGUGCUAACAGCGAGCGUUAGCUGUUGGUUUAAGCUAGCUGGCUACAUGUGGUCGACCUGCGCGUGACGCGACACUACAGCGGGUCAGAGAUAGCUGCCCUUCCUUUUACUGUCCCGUCUCGAAGGGAAUAAGAGAUUCCAAGCAGCGAACUCUUAUUAUUGGAGUUAUUGGGUUAUGGAGAAUAAUGGAUAACCUUGCAUCAAAUAAGAGCCACAUACCCUGUGAGUCGUGGGCGGGCCAGAAUGACUGGUCCACUGCUUCAACUCAAGGAUCGCUCCUCAACCCACUCCCCAGCUCUCAGCAUCUCAUCCUGGGUUCGCCUUCUAACCAGAGACUCCCCUACGACCACUUGCAGGGGUCCAAUCAGAGCUGUAUGAGUGACCUCAGCACCGCUCAUCACUCUGCUCUGUACAAAGCCUCUCUCAUCAGUGGCAAUCCGUCAUCCAACUCGCUCUUUGCCAACGCAGCUGACCCUAGUAACUCUCACAUGAUUUCCUUCGCCCAGCAAACCUCUCACACUUCACCGACGCUGCUAACUGCAAACCAAGGAAGAAGAAAAAAAACGUCUUCUCUUCCCCAAACGAACCAAGCUCUACAGCCCCAACAGCUUCUCUCACCCCACAACCUUUACAAAGCACCGUUUCACCCUCCAUCAUCCAAUCAGUGUUUACCAAACCGACUUCUGCCAGUUAGCCCGCCAUCAUGUGGACAACAUGAGCAGAGUCAAUGGAUACCAUCGUCACAUUGCAGGGGAGCUGUAACCAAGUCCAUCCCUGACGCAGCUGCUCAUCCUAAAAACAAGCAAGAGGAGACGAUUAGUCCACCGGCCAACAAUGAGAGUCAGCGUUUAGUGCUUUUAAAUCAGCGUGCACAACUACUUCAACAAGUGGCAGAGUUGGAUAAACUUCUGGAAUCCAUAAACCCAGAGGAGAGCCGUGAUGGGAAGUCCCCACAAAUUGGCGUUCAGUCUCCUCCAACAAUGAAUGAUCCAGCUCAAUGUGAACAAUCCAAGAACAGUGACGCACAGCAGGUUCAGCUCUCUGCGGCAAAAUCAGAGUCCCAGUCGCAUCUUUCAUCGGAUUGUUCCUCUCCUGCAUCCUCCCAUGAACAAAGCGAUGAUGAUUCAAUGUCGGCAGCAGAAUUUGAGGAAGAAGAAAAGGACUCUGGCGAGUCACCGGAGGACAGCGAUCCUGAUUUCUCUCCCAACAGUGAUGGUGACUUCUCUGAUUUCCUGACUGACUGGGGCUCCUCGGAUGAAUCCAGUCACGGCGGCCCCUCGGCCCCCGCGGUGGCAACGCCUCCUCCGCCGGAAAAAAAAGGGGAGGAAUCAGAAAGUUCUCUGGUUCCGGAAAAAAAACGGCAGUCCCCAAAGGAAGAUAUGCCCAAUUAAUCCGAGGAAUUCUUUUAAAACGGUAGUGUUGCCGAGUUCAAGUUCCAAAAUGAGACGCGUUUACGACCGGAGGAACUAUUGUUUGUUUUGCACUAAUCCGGAAUCCAAAAUGUCGCGACAUCUCGAGAGGAUCCACAGUGACAAACCGGAGGUUGCGGCUGUGUUUCAGCACCCCAAAAGGUCCAGAGAAAGAUACAAAAUAUGGAACAGGCUCAUAAACCAAGGAAACUUUCUUCACAACAAGGAAGUCCUGAAGACGGGAAAGGGCCUGCUUGUUUCCCGAAAAAGGCCGAACAAAACUCACAAAGCCCAAGACUUUCUUCAUUGUCUUUACUGCCGGGGGUUUUUCAUGAAGAAUUCUUUGUCCAAGCACAUGAAAUCGUGCCCGGAGAAAGUGGGGAAGGAAACCGAAGCGGAGAUCGGAAGGAAGCGCCUCGGGUUGCGGUGUGUGCUCGAAACCUUGGACGACCUCGGGAUAAGCGACGGUUUCAAGGACGUCAUGUCCCCGAUGAAAUUCGACGACGUGACGCAGGCAAUCAUGGCGGACGGGAUCAUCUUGCAGUAUGGCGAGGACCUCUUCGACCAGUACGGAUCCAAUCCGAAGAAGCACGAUUAUAUAAGACAAAACCUUCGUCAGAUAGCAAGACUCGUACUCGAAGCUCAGAAUACGACCCCUCUGGAGAAGCUGGAGGACUUCUUCCUCCCGUCGAACUUCCCGCACGUGGUGUGCGCGGUGAACGUCUUGGCGGGCUACAAUCCAGAAACCAAGACGUACGCCCUCCCUUCACUCGCCCUCAAGCUUGGCUACAACCUGCAGAAGACCUGCGGCAUUGUCGAGGGCAACGCGACGCGGCGCGGCGACGCACCCGUUGCCGAGGCCGCUCGGAGCUUCCUCGCCGUGUACCAGGAAAAAUGGAACGCGCUCGUUUCUGCCGGCGCGUUGACGACCAUCAGGGAAACCAAAUUGAACAAGGAGGAGAAGGUGCCGUUCGCGCAGGAUGUAAAACGCCUGAUUUCCCACAUGGAGGAUGUUCAUCUUGUGGCAGAAAAAAACCUCAGAGACGCGACGUCUGCGGAAAACUAUGCUGCUCUGGCCAAAGUGAUACUCGUCCGGACGAUACUUUUCAACAGGAGAAGCGUGGCGGAGAUCUCGUCGUUGGAAGAGGCGGCUUUUAUGUCACGGAUAAAGUCCUCGGACGCGCAGUACGGCAUGGACGUCUCCGUCUCCGAUUUGGAAAGGAGCAUGUGCGAGUUCUUCACGAGAGUCGACAUACGAGGGAAGUCGGGGAGAAUUGUCCCCGUUUUGCUGAAGCCGUCAUUCGUGUCGGCUUUGGAACUUCUCGUAAAUGUCCGCGAGACGUGCGGAGUGCCCCGGCAGAAUCCCUUCGUUUUUGGACGCCCGCACACUCUGUCGGCCUACAGGGGGUCUGUUUGCAUCCAAAGGUUCGUCAGAGAAUGUGGAGCGAAGGACCCCGCGGGGCUGACCGCCACGAAGAUCCGGAGGCAUUACGGAACGAUGCUGCAGCUGAUAAACCUGGAUGAAAACGAGACGGCCCAAAUUCUAGGCCCCAAUAAUCAAGGCCCCAAUAAUCAAGGCCCCAAUAAUCAAGACCCCAAUAAUCAAGGCCAAAGCCCGCGACAGGACAGCGGCAUGCGGCUGGAUGACGUUGAGAUGGAGCCUGAUGAGCGUCAUCGAGGACAAGCCCAUAGAGCAACAAGAGACGCCAACAAGACUGCACCUCCAAAAUCGGGCACUGAAGGCUCCAAAUAUAAGACCAAACAUAAAUGGGGGGAAGCAGAGGUUCUCGCCGUCGAAAGACACAUGAAGCAUUUCAUCAAGGAACACAGAGUUCCUCAGAAAAACGACUGCAUUCAGUGUCUCGACGCCGAGCCGAAAGCCCUGAGGAGCCGUUCAUGGAAAGGUGUGAAGGACUACGUCAGAAACCGGAUCACCGCCCUGAAAAGGCGAAGCGGAAAUCCCAAAGCUAGGUCCUGAAAACCGGUAACGGGGCCAAGUGGAACCGCAAAGAAGACUACCGGACAUGUUCAGCAUUUUUAGACUGCAUAACGUUUCCCUUUUGCAUUUUCUCGUCCUUCGCCGCCCUGUGUUCCUCUCUUUUGCCACUUUUAAGGGCGUUUACAUCCAUUAGAAUGGCCACGAAUAGAUUAACAUUUUAUUUGUUUUAUUUAAUUUAAUUUCUCCCUUUUACAUGUUUCACUGUAAUUUUUGUUUCAUUUAGUUAUCUUUAAAAAAAAAUGUGUCCCCUAGUGGCUAAAUAGUAUGUUUUUGGAUCUGUAAGUUAACUUCUGUGAACGGGGUAUCGGGUACACUGUAUUUUGUUGUUCUCUUUGGCUUUACCACCAAUAAAGUAAUCAGUUUACGUUUGAACAAAACAAAACUUAA